CAGAACCACCUCUAAAUAGCUGCAAUUGAAAACCAAACAUAAGAAGAAUCCCACAUAAGAACCACCCUCGACUGUACCCAGAUCGGCAUGGUAUUCCCCUCCAGCAUAACGCCCUCGAGGAGGGUGACUCGUAGUCAAUCCGCCAGUGAUAGAGAAGCAAAUCCCAAGAAAAUUGCCCGACUAGGCAAAACUGCGUCUCGUUAUGCAGUAAUUAGCACGGAGUCCGAACUAGAGGAACCUGCAUCCACCGACCAAGAAGAAGCUGCAUCCACUGAACAAGAUGAAGCUGCAUCCACCGAACCGGAAUUUAUUGUCACCACGCCGACUUUCCCGGAAAGACUGUUCGCACGUAAUUGCUAUCCUAGCAAACCUCGACUGAACAUCUAUUCAAAGGCGAGUAUCAUUGGAUCGUUAGUGAAGUUGCUAAGAGGCUCCCCUGAAAUGAAUUGUCUGCUAGGAAGUCAGUUUGGAGCUCUGUUCCACUUACCUGUAUCGCGCUGCUCAAACUCUGUGAAACUUGUACAUUCUCUCCUCAGCCGUCAGCUGGUUACGAUGCGCCUAUAUGAGCUCUGGUUCUUGUUUGCAGACAAGCCACUACGCUUUUCUCUGCGUGAGUUCGGAGACAUCACGGGGCUGAAAUGCGAGCCUGAAAGGGAAAAAGUUGGAAACGGGUCAGAAUCUAUCGAUGCCACACCUGGACGUAUGUGGAAAGAGUUGUUUGAAACUGAAGAUGAAGACGUGACUGUACCAGAUGUUCUUCGUAUGCUUGAACAGCCUAGUCUUCCUGAGUGGAAGCGGUUGCCACUAGCUCUCAUUGCGCUUGUAGAUGGGCUCCUGGUUUGUGGUCACAAACUUCUUCAUGUGACGCCUGCUUACGUCGAGAUGCUGGAAGACACCGGAUCAUUUCUUCAAUAUCCAUGGGGGAGAGAGGCAUUCGUCAGCACUCUGUCUAGAUUGACACCACCUCAACCUUCUGAUCCUUCAAAAAUGGAUAAAUCCCUUUCGGUGAUGCGCCUUCGUUUGAAACAGCAGUCAACAGCGUGUUAUGGGUUCCCUCUGGCGCUGCAACUUUUUGCUUUUAAAGCUAUCCCCUCAUUGCUUGAGAAAAUUCCCGAACCUAAUAAAACCACUUCUUUCUUGCAAGAACCAGAAGGAUGCGACUCAACAAAUGCACUUCUGAAUUUUGAAGACAUACUUCUGGUGGAAACCCAAACUGAGGUACAAUGCUGUUGUCUAUCUUAUUUGCAAAACAGAAGUUAA